AUGUCGUCGUCUCCAAUCACCCAGGUGUCCCAGCAGGCACCCAUGCAGACCAGCCUCCAGCCUCAGCUGCUCACAAGACUCCUCUUGGACCUGCGCGGGCGUCGGUUCUCGGUCGACAGAGAGACGAUCAUGAACCUGCCAGAGUCGGUUCUCCUCUGUCUCUUCCCGAACGGGCUCGUUCUGAGCCGGCAGAGCGCGGCAUUUUCUGACGGUGGGGAGGCUGAGGAGGACGAAGAGGUUUAUGCCGUCGACUUCGACCCCGACUGCUUUGCCUACGUCCUCGACUUCUUCAGGAAUGCUUCGGAGGCGUUCUACGGCACCGGCACGAACCCGGGUUUGUUCGCGGCUCAACAACACCUGCUCGACGGCUCGCCCUCCGACUUUGGUCCGGCGGCAUCGCAGAACCCGUUGCUCACGAAGCAGGCGAUUAUUGUGCUGCGCGAGGAGCUUGAGUACUUUGCCAUCCCGCCCAAGGACAGCGAAGCCGCAACCGACGAGCACGGUAUUGCUAACGAACCUCUCCUGGAGAUCAAGCGGCAGUGUGGAGCCAACAUCAUGGAGAAGCGCAACAUCUUCACGGCCCUCCAACGCAACGUUCACAAGGAAAACAAUGUUGCUGAGCAGCACCUUAUUGAUAUGCUUUGCAUGAGCGGCUUCGACCGUGAGGACGAGUGGGGAUUCCGCGCCAUUGAGCCUUCGCGGUGCUGCAUCUCCUCAAUAGCCCUCGUGCUCCUCAAGACGGGCAUAAUACACCACCCCGCUAGCCAGAACGGCGACCGGCCCGUUACGGUCGACUACAACCAGAUGGCGACUGCGCAGAAGCUUCUGCUCUUCUGGAGGAAGCCUGCUGUGAGUUCGCCGUCGCUUCUAAAUUAA